AUGGUUCUUAACAUCAAUGCCAAGGAUAUUACCUGGUUUCAUGAUCCAGAUGACAACACCCCACUGCCCAGUACUUCUUGCAUGUCUUUUCCAUCCCCUGCCAUCAUCAUUGCAGGAUCACGUCGCUCUGCACAUGUUCCACACCCUGUGUCCAAACUUACUGACCCCAAUAAUGCUGUUUUGGGCAAAUGCAAGGCUACCCAUCAAGUGGUUGUUAGUGAGAGCAAGGACAAGUCCAACGAGGAAGCAGUGGCUGAAGUCCCUGAAUGGGAUGAUGAUGAGGACACAUAUACCAAUGAUGCAGAUGUCGAUGAUGCCCCCCCAUCAACAUACCAGCAAACUAAAGACAUGGGUGACACAGACUGUGAGGGUGACAAGCAACAUAAAAGUGACUUGACAGCAGAUAUUUGGACCAUUUUCACCUGUGAAGAGAAAGCUAUCAACCCUGAUACUGGCAAGGAAGAGGACAGGCACUGGUGUGAGGUUUGCAAGGCAAAUGGGGUUGCCCACAAGUUUAGUUUUUUGAAGGGCAGUGUCACUUCCCUUCAUGCUCAUAUUCGGAGGCAUAAGGAUCAUACAAAACUCUAUAAAGAUUGCUGCUGCAAGCACAGAAUUCAGCCACAUGUGCAUGUGCUACCUUUGGAUGACAUCCUCUCUAAUCAGAAGACUUUGGACAGCACAGUUGUAAAAGAGCAUCGUGCACCAGCAUUCACUACUGCUGGAUUGCUGGACUACAUCGUGGAACUGAUCGUUGCCAAAGAUGAAGCCUUCCAACUUGUGGAUAAGGGUGCUUUUCAGCAACUUCUCACAUACACUCACCCAGGUCUCUCUGAGAAAUAUAUCCCAUGCCAUCAUAAAAUUGGGUGGUUUACAGCUGACAAUGCUAUGAACAAUGAUUUGGCACUCAAGACAUUUGCCAAAGUUGUCCCUGAAGCUGGGAUUGAAGACUAUUGCCAUUUUUCACAGGCCGUUGGACCUAUGAGCGGCUCACAGCUUCUUAAACAGCUGAAACAUGUUCUUAAAAAUGCUAAUGAAGAUGAUGAAGACCUAGAUGAACUUAAUGUGGAGAUGGAGCAGGAACUUGGUGGCGUCAAUGAUGACAAUUCAGACACAUCUGAUGCACUUGGUAAGGCUCUUGCACUCAUCAUACAGAUUCAAAAGUCACCUCAAGCUUGGGCUUUUUUCUGCCAAUCAUGUGCAGAGGUCAAUGUACCUGUCCUUGAACUUUUACAAUGGGGUGUCAACCACUUUGUAUGUCUUGCUGAUGAUAGUGAUGAAGUGCCAAAUUUGCAAAAGAAGCAGUAUUCUGACUUUAAGUUAAGUCAGAGUGACUGGUUCCAGUUUUCACUUCUCCACAAAGUCCUUCAGGAGCCUGCCAAUGCCACCCAGAGUUUCUCCAGCUCGAAAGACCCAACAGUCUGUGUGGCUGAUGCAUUACAUGCUGGUCUCGAGAAUUUGGGCAAGUGGAGCCAAAAAACAGACCAGACAGACAUCUACUUCAUUUGCUUAGGUCUGUCUCCACACACAAUACUUUCAUUAACUAACACUUAUGUUGAACAGCUCUUGAUCCUAACUAUAAACUCAAACAAGAAAAAACUCGAAGCCACAUUUGAUCAGUAUCAUGCACCUGUUGCAGCUACCCCUCAGCCAUCACCGUCACCCAUUCCAGAGUCCAGCAAAUGA